AAACUUGUCUGAGAUCAGACACAAGAGAUAUUGGUCAAAUGCUUAUUUCUCGUGAUAGUAGCUUAUUAUUUGGUUCUUGUUCCUUUGAUUCUGAAAAAUGGCGUGAGUUGAUCACUGCUUGUAUUGUUAUGCAUGAUUUGUCUUUCCAAUUUGUUGAGUACAAAGGAUUAAGGGCUAUGCUUCAAUAUCUGUAUCCUGAUGUGGAAUUAGUGUCUAGGAACACUGCUAAAGUUGACACUAUUAAGUUGUAUGAAAGGGAGAAAACAAAAAUAAAGAAUAUGUUGGAUGCAUGUCCUGGUAGAAUAAGUUUGACAUCUGAUUUGUGGACUUCAUUGACUACUGAUGGAUAUUUGUGCCUGACUGCUCAUUUUCUUGAUAAGAAUUGGAAGUUGCAUAAAAGAAUCUUGAAUUUUUGUCUUAUGCCACCUCCACACAUUGGGAUAGCAUUAUCUAAGAAAAUCUUUUCUUUAUUAAGUAAUUGAGGAAUUGAGGAAAAGAUUUUCAGUAUCACUUUAGAUAAUGCUGAUUCGAAUGAUGUCUCUGUGGAUGCAUUACAAAACCAAUUGAACUUGCGUGGUUUGUUGCCUUUUCAUGGUGAAUUCUUUCAUUUGAGAUGCUGUGCUCAUAUACUUAACCUUGUUGUGCAAGAUGGUUUGAAAAGUAUUGAUAAGUCGGUUAAGAAGAUUCAAGAUAGUAUUAAAUAUGUUAAAAGAUCACAACAAAGGAAGCAAAAGGUUUUAAAAUGUGUUUAAGUUGGUAUCGAUGGGAAGCAACAAAGGAUUGUCUCAAGAUGUGGUUACUAGAUAGAAUUUGACUUACCUUAUGCUUGAAAGUGCUCUCUUUUAUAGACGUGCUUUCCAACAUUUGGAAUUGAGUGAUUCUAACUAUAAGAAUUGUCCCAACUCCGAUGAGUGAGAAAGAGUUGAGAAAAUAUCCAAGUUUUUGAAAGUCUUCUAUGAUGCCACACUUUUGUUUUCUGGCACUCACUAUCCCAUAGCAAGCUUGUAUUGUCCAGCAAUUAUGGAAUGUUACAUAACCCUGAAAAAUGCUACCCAAGGUGGAGAUGAGUACUUAAACUCCACGGCUAUGCAUAUGUGGCCAAAAUUUCAGAAAUAUUGGUCACAAUUCAGCUCCAUUUUAGGCAUUGCACUUGUGUUUGAUCCUCGGUAUAAGAUGCAGUUUAUUGACCUUUGCUACAACAAAGCUUUUAGGCAUAACUCUGAGGAGUUGUUUUCUUUGCGUGAGAAGUUAGAAUCCCUUUUUGACGAGUAUGCUUUGAAGCUUGAUCAUUCUACCUCACCAUCCACUUCCAAGAAAAAGGACAAGAGUAAAGCACCACAUAGAAUAGAAGUACAUGAGUCAGAUUUGUUGAAGGAAUUUGAUAAUGUUUCAAGUGAUUUGUUUUAUGCUUCAAACCAAAAAUCACAGUUGAAAUUGUAUUUGGAUGAGCCUAGAAUGAAACGGGGGAAUUGUAUUUGGAUGAGCCUAGAAUGAAAUGGAGUUAUCAAUUGGAUAUUCUCUAUUAUUGGAAGACAAAUCAGUGUCGCUACCCAAUUCUUGCUGCCAUGGCUCGUGAUAUAUUAUGCAUUCAUGUAUCAACAGUUGCUUCAGAGGCUGCAUUUAGUGUUGGCGGUCGUGUGCUUGAUCAGUUUCAUAGCUCUCUUAAACAUGAUACUGUUGAAGCAAUUGUGUGUACAAGGGAUUGAUUGUAUGAAAAUGAAGAUAUAUUCUUCAAGUUCUUCAUUGUUCUCUUAAAUAUUGUUAUUAUCAAUCUUAUAAAUGCUAAUCAAUUCAACUCUUUUUCCUA